UUUGUUUGAAAUAAUUUCAGUGUUUCUUCAUAAAAUCCUCUUUCCAUUUUACUACUACAAUCUCAUAGAUAAUAUUAGUGCAAAAGGUCAUUUAUUGGUUAUUUCUCAAAAUAAACAGCUUGCCAACACUGGGCGGCCGGCAGACUGUUAAAUUUUUGCUUUUGCAGAUGUGCUGGUCAGUUGAACAUCGUUAAUACGCAAUUUCUGCCAUGUGCAAAUUACGGAACAAUUAAUACGAAGGUCCUCCAAAGUCCGAAAAAUUUAGAAAAGGGGAACAUCUGACAUCAGCAAAAAUGCAGAAAUAGGAUAAUGAUACGGUUGACGACAAUUUUAAAGACUAAUUGGUCAUGGAACUAUCAGCACAAAUUAUAUGACCAAGUAAUAUUUAAACACAGAAAAGAAAAAGGAUUUCACAACUUGAGAAUCUUAUCGAAAAAGAAUGUCGCUAAAUACCAGAAUGACUUGAAGAUUUUCGCAAAUAAUUGUAAAGGACGGAAUAAUGAUGUCUCUACUCCUCCAACGUCUGUCGCAAGUAUAGCCACGCGAUUGAUAUCAGGAGCGAAGGUUUUAGAUGUUAAAGAUGAGGUCGACAGGUCUAUGAUAACAAAUAAGCCUUAUUUUGAACAGACAAAACAUAAAGACAAAUCAAAUGCGUUAUCUUUCGAUAUAGAAAGCAGUUACAAAGGAGGGGUCACGGCAAAAGAUGAAAAAACAAUACAAUCCGAUUGGUCAAAUGUACCAGAAGAACAUCCAAUCAUAUAUAUGAAAGCGUUAGAUGUAAACCUAUGCAUACCAUUCUGCUCAGAAAAAGGGCGGGAAAUUUUCAAACGUGCUAUACGAACAGAAUACAUGAAUAUAUAUUUCCCUUUAUCACAACAUUUUCAAACACAAAGUGAAGUAAAUUAUUGUGGUUCUACAUCGCUAGCUAUGGUCUUAAAUACUUUAAAAGUUGAUCCUAGACGCAUGUGGAAAUAUCCAUGGAGAUGGUACGAUGAAUACAUGCUCAAUAGUUGUGUUAGUUUGGAAACAAUGAAAAGUUCAGGAUGUAGUUUCGAUGAUUUGGCUUGUAUUGCAAGAUGUAACAAGUUAUCUGUCGAAGCGGUUAGAGUCUCAGCACUGUCUUCAAUCAUCACCUUUAGGAAUGACGUUAAGCGAGUGUGCAGUUCAAAUGACACAGUCAUCAUUUUAAAUUACGCGAGGAAGAUAUUUAAUCAAUAUGGUACCGGACACUUCACUCCUAUUGGUGGAUACGACGAGAAAGAAGACAUGGUAUUGAUUCUCGACACAGCUCGAUUUAAACACCCUCCUCAUUGGGUGUCACUUGAGCUGUUGUUCGAAGGAACUCGCAAGUUGGCGAGAGCAAUAAAUGGGUAUACUGAAGAAAUGCCGAGAGGUUACUACGUUGUGAAGAAAAACGAGUGGAAUCCUUCAAUCACAUUAAAAUUUCCAAAUGAAUACACAUUGACAUUGGAACCAAUGAAUCAACGUAAACAAAUUGAGAUUGACAAAUUUGUCCAUGUUUUUAGAAGUUGGGACAACUGGUUAGAUACAAAGGUAAACGCUGACAGUGAUAUCAUACGUGACGUACUUACACACAUACUGAAUACAUCCAGGACUAUCACCAACAAUAAAAUAAAGUCCCAAUCAGAUUCCUUUCACGAUUUAGAGUUGCCACUAUCAUUCGUAAAUCUUAACAGAUUGCUCAAAGAUGUCAUAUAUGAAUUUUCACAAGAUGACGUAAAUAAAAUUACGUCACUAGUUAAAUGGCUGAUGGAGAAGUUUAAGUCAAAUGAUAACGCUGGACACUGCAAUCUUAAUGUGACUUUACUUCAUCUCCAGAUGCAGAAGAAGAAACAUAAUGCUAUUCCUUCAUUAGAAGAAAUCCUAACGUGUUUUCUUUUGUUCUGGCCAUAUAGAGCGAAAGCUGAUGAUCAGUCGAGUCAAACCUAUCGAGCAGAGCUGCAAGCUCUUGUAGCAGACGAUCUGAAUCAAUUUCCACGAAGUUUGGUGCUCUGCUUCGAUCAACAAAUUCGUUUCAUGAUGAAAACUCUAUCACAUAUUGGACACGAAAAAUUGCACUGCAAGGAAGAACAUUAUUUUGAUUGAGAAAAAAUAUUCAAUCAUCAUUCGGAA